CCCCGGCCCCCGGCCCAGUGGCCAUUGUAACUUUCCCCCGGGGCUGUGGCCGCCUUGGGGCGGGCCCAGGCAGUGCGAGUGAGUCUUUGUGCGGCCCGGCCGAGUGGAGCUCCCAGCCAGGCCUGCCUGUCCCACUCGGGACAUGAGCCGCUGAAGUUGGCCUCCCCGCCGCCCUCGCCCCUGCCAGGGCCCCUCCGGGCUUCCAGCAACUCCCUGCACCUCUCCUGGCCCUCUCAGUUCUCCCAGGUUGUUCCUCAAAGUCAUUCAAGCUGUACUCGCCGAAGGAGCCCCCGAACGGAAACGCCUUCCCUCCCUUCCAUCCCGGCACCAUGCUAGAUCGGGAUGUGGGCCCAACUCCCAUGUACCCGCCUGCAUACCUGGAGCCUGGGAUUGGGAGGCAUACACCAUAUGGCAACCAAACUGAUUACAGAAUAUUUGAGCUUAACAAGCGGCUUCAAAAUUGGACAGAGGAAUGUGACAAUCUCUGGUGGGAUGCUUUCACAACGGAGUUCUUCGAGGACGAUGCCAUGUUAACCAUCACUUUCUGCCUGGAGGAUGGACCAAAGAGAUACACCAUUGGACGGACCCUGAUUCCUCGUUACUUCCGAAGCAUCUUUGAAGGGGGUGCUACAGAGCUAUAUUAUGUGCUUAAGCACCCCAAGGAGGCAUUCCACAGCAAUUUUGUGUCUCUCGACUGUGACCAGGGCAGCAUGGUGACCCAGCACGGCAAACCUAUGUUCACUCAGGUGUGCGUAGAGGGCCGGUUGUACCUGGAGUUCAUGUUUGACGAUAUGAUGCGGAUAAAGACAUGGCACUUCAGCAUCCGGCAGCACCGAGAGCUCAUCCCCCGAAGCAUCCUUGCCAUGCAUGCCCAGGACCCUCAGAUGUUGGAUCAGCUUUCCAAAAACAUUACCCGAUGUGGGCUGUCCAAUUCCACUCUCAACUACCUCCGACUCUGUGUGAUACUCGAGCCCAUGCAGGAGCUCAUGUCCCGCCACAAGACCUACAGCCUCAGCCCCCGUGACUGCCUCAAGACCUGCCUUUUCCAGAAGUGGCAGCGCAUGGUUGCGCCCCCCGCGGAGCCUGCACGGCAGCAACCCAGCAAACGGCGGAAACGGAAGAUGUCAGGGGGCAGCACCAUGAGCUCGGGGGGUGGCAACACCAACAACAGCAACAGCAAGAAGAAAAGCCCAGCCAGCACCUUCGCCCUCUCCAGCCAGGUACCUGAUGUGAUGGUGGUGGGGGAGCCCACCCUGAUGGGCGGGGAGUUCGGGGACGAGGACGAGAGGCUCAUCACCCGGCUGGAGAACACCCAGUUUGACGCGGCCAACGGCAUUGACGACGAGGACAGCUUUAACAACUCCCCCGCCCUGGGCGCCAACAGCCCCUGGAACAGCAAGCCCCCGUCCAGCCAGGAAAGCAAAUCGGAGAACCCCACAUCCCAGGCCUCCCAGUGAGGGCCUCAUCGCAGCCGCCUGGCGUUCUUACCGCCCGCCCCACCCCUCGCAGCCCCGGGGAACAGAAGACGGAGUGAAGAGACUGAGCAUCCGCCCCAAGUGGGCAACCUCCACCCACCGACUUCAGGGAGGAACUGGACUCUCUGGGGCCCAGGGCAGGAUUUGCUCCCCUGCAGGCCCUGGGCUAGGCCUGGUCUCUGCAGAGCCUUUUUGGGGAAGGGGGUUUUCAUGGAUGCCUCUGUGGACCCUGGGCCUCUAGAAAUGUCCUAGCACCUCCCAGGGCAUUUGCCUCCAUCCUGGGUUCAUUCCCCAUUUCCUGACUCCAUCCUUCAUAAGCCUAGGGUUGUCUAUACGCACAGCCCUUAGGACUGAAAGGUCUAGGGCUCAGCUGAGUGCCCUUCACCUCAACCCUUCCCUAGAUGGGUGGUAAUAGAGGGGCAGAGUUCUGGGCUCCUUUCAUCUGUCACCUGUCCCAGUCCCCCUUUUUAAAAAAAUAAUAUUAUUAAAAAUGUAAGUUUAAAAAAAAAAAGUCACUCAUGUACCCCCUUUACCCCUUAUUAAAAAGUCCAGCUACCUCCCUA